AUGAUCAGGCAACCAGGGACAAACAUCAAGCUCACCAACGUCUCCAUCGUCAAGAUGAAGAAGGGCGGCAAGCGCUUCGAGAUCGCAUGCUACAAGAACAAGGUCAACGAGUUCCGUACAGGUGUCGAGACGGACCUGUCCGAGGUCCUCCAGAUUGAGCAGGUGUUCACCAACGUGCCCAAGGGCCAGGCGGCCAAGAAGGAGGACUGGACCAAGGCAUUCGGCACCGACGACAUGAACAAGGUCAUUGAGGAAAUUCUCCGCAAGGGCGAGUUGCAAGUCAACAACCUCGAGCGCAGCCACCAGCUGGCCGCGCUCUCGCGCGAGAUCGCCACCCUCGUCGCCGAGAUGACCGUCGACCCCGCCACGGGCCGCAAGCACACUGUCGGCAUGGUGGAGAAGGCCAUGACCGAGCUCGGAUACUCUACUCGCGCGGACAAGGCCGCCAAGUCGCAGGCGCUCGACCUGAUCAAGACGCUGUCCCAGCCUGGCUCGGUCCUCCCGCUCGAGCGUGUGCGCAUGCGCGUGAGGAUCACGAUGCCCAGCAAGGAUGCCAAGCGGAUCAAGGACAAGGUCGUGGCUCUUGUGGACGAGGUUGAGGAGGAGGAGAUGGAUGCCGAGUGGGAGACGAUUGUCAAGAUCAGCCCCUCGUCGUUCCGCGCCAUCACCGACCUCGUCAACGACGAGACCAAGGGCAAGGGCCGUGUCGAGUCGAUGGGCAAUGUUGGCGCUUAG